GGUCGUCUUUUAUUUCGCCGCGGUUGAACUCGAAGUCGGGAUGCGGUUCCGAGGGAAUACACAAUUUGCAUCCGCUGUCGGACUGGUCCUCGGACUAUUAUGUGCGGUGGAGGCAGCUAAAGUAAAUAAGCAUAAACCAUGGAUCGAGACGACGUACCACGGGAUCGUAACGGAAAAUGAUGACAAAGUGCUUCUGGACCCCCCUCUAAUUGCUCUGGACAAGGAUGCUCCUCUCCGCUAUGCAGAGAGUUUUGAGGUGACCCUCACUGAAGAAGGUGAGAUUUGCGGCUUCAGGAUCCAUGGGCAGAAUGUCCCCUUUGAGGCAGUGGUCCUGGACAAGUCCACUGGCGAGGGUGUCAUCCGGACCAAGGACAAGCUGGAUUGUGAGCUGCAGAAGGAGCACACCUUUACUAUCCAAGCAUAUGACUGUGGAGAAGGUCCUGAUGGUGCCAAUAUGAAGAAAUCCCACAAGGCCACUGUCCACAUCCAGGUGAACGACAUCAAUGAGUAUUCACCAGUGUUCAAGGAGAAGUCCUACAAAGCCACUGUUAUCGAGGGAAAGAAGUAUGACAGCAUCCUGAAGGUGGAGGCAGUGGACGCCGACUGCUCUUUCCAGUUUAGCCAAAUCUGCAACUACGAGAUUGUCACCCCCGAUGUGCCCUUCACCGUCGACAAAGAUGGCUUCAUCAAGAACACAGAGAAACUGAGCUACGGCAAAGAGCGCAUGUACAAGCUGACUGUGACCGCCUACGACUGUGGGAAGAACCGCGCCUCUGAGGACGUCCUGGUCAAGAUCAGUGUCAAGCCAACCUGCAAACCCAGCUGGCAAGGCUUCAAUAAGAGGAUUGAAUACGAACCUGGCACAGGCAGUCUGGCCCUCUUUCCCAGCAUGCACUUGGAGACCUGUGAUGAGCCAAUCACCUCCAUCCGAGCCAGUAUUGAACUGGAGACCAACCAUAUUGGAAAGGGAUGCGACCGUGACACCUACUCUGAGAAGUCCCUGCACAAGCUUUGCGGAGCCAGCUCCGGGACUGUGGAGCUCCUGCCAGCACCCAGCAGCUCUGCCAACUGGACAGUGGGGCUGCCCACUGAUAAUGGGCAUGACAGCGACCAGGUGUUUGAGUUCAAUGGCACCCAGGCCAUCAAGGUUCCUGAUGGCAUGGUGAGCACCAGCCUGAAGGACCCCUUCACCAUCUCUGUUUGGAUGAGACACGGCCCCGGGGCCCAUGAGAAGGAAACUAUCCUCUGCAACUCGGAUAAGACAGAGAUGAACAGACACCACUACUCGCUCUACGUGCACAACUGCAGGCUGAUCGUUCUCCUCCGCCAGGAUCCAUCAGAGACUGAGAACUACAAACCAGCAGAGUUUCACUGGAAACUCGACCAGGUGUGUGACAAAGAGUGGCAUCACUAUGUGCUGAAUGUGGAGUUCCCCACUGUGUCGAUGUUUGUGGAUGGGACCACCUUUGAGCCCUUCCUCGUUACCGAGGACUACCCACUGCACAACACAAAGAUCGAAACUCAGCUCACCAUUGGUGCCUGCUGGCAGGAAAACUCAGGACAUGACAAUGACACUGAGACAGUCUCUGAGCCCACCUCAGGCGGAAAUGCUCGAAUGGCUCAGUUUUUCCGGGGGAACCUGGCAGGGUUGAUGAUCCGCUCUGGCAAGCUGGAGAACAAGAAGGUGAUCGACUGUUUGUACACCUGCAAGGAGGGCCUGGAUGUGCAGCUGCCUGAGGAGGUAGCUUCAACUGUCAAGGUCGAGUUCAACCCCAACCAGUCCUCCCUCACUGUGGAAGGUGACGACAUUGAUGCCUUUGAUAAGGUCAUGCAGCACAUCUCCUACUUGAACUCCCGCCAAUUCCCGACCCCCGGCAUCAGGCAUCUUCGCAUCUCCACCACUGUCAAAUGCUUCAAUGAGGAGUCCUGUGUAACCGUCCCGGAUGCUGAAGGUUACGUGAUGGUGCUGCAGCCGGAAGAGCCAAAGAUCAGCCUGAGCGGAAUUGACCACUUUGCCCGCAGCGCUGCCGAAUUCGAGAGCCAGGAAGGUGUGACGCUGUUCCCCGAGCUGCGCAUUGUGAGCACCAUCACCCGAGAAGUGGAGGCCGACACCGAGUCUGAAGCUGCUGAGGGAGCUGAUGAUGACCCCACAGUUCAAGAAACAGUGGUGUCAGAGGAGAUCAUGCACAACCUGGACACAUGUGAAGUGACCGUGGUGGGAGAUGAACUUGACGGGGAGCAUGAGGGCCUGGAGGUCGACAUGUCCCAGCUGCAGCAACGUGCCCUGGAGAUGAGCUCUUCUAACCUCGGCCUCGUCAUCACCGGCGUGAACACCAUGGCCAACUAUGAGCAGGUCUUGCAUCUUAUCCAUUACAAGAACUGGCACACAGAGGCUCUCUUUGACAGGAAAUUCAAACUGGUCUGCUCUGAACUCAACGGUCGCUACAUCAGCAAUGACUUCAAGGUCGAGGUGAAUGUUAUCCACACAGCCAAUCCCAUGGAGCAUGUUAACAAUGCCAUGGUGCAGCCCAACUUCAUCAACCCUAUCCAUCACGCCUCUGUGGAUCUGUCUGGUCACAAUCUGGUCAACGCUCACCCCUUUGCAGUGGUUCCCAGCGCCGCCACUAUUGUCAUUGUCGUGUGUGUCAGUUUCCUGGUGUUCAUGAUCAUCCUGGGUGUGUUCCGCAUCCGAGCUGCACACCAGCGCACCAUGAGAGACCAAGAGAAUGGCAAGGAGAACGAGAUGGACUGGGACGACUCAGCCCUUACCAUCACAGUCAAUCCCAUGGAGACGUACGAGGACCAGCACAGCAGUGAGGAGGAGGAGGAAGAAGAGGAAGAGAGUGAAGAUGGAGAGGAGGAAGAUGACAUCACAAGUGCUGAGUCAGAGAGUAGCGAAGACGAGGAGGGUGGGGAGCCGGAGGACCAGCAGGGGACCAGCAGACAGCAGCAGCUGGAGUGGGAUGACUCCACCCUCACCUACUAGAACGACACACACACAUACACUCAACACAAGCUCCUUACACAUCACCAGUUUGCACACACUCAGAUCCUCAA